ACAUGUACUAUGUAGCUAGCUAGCUCGAGCCGCGCUAUCGCUACGAUAUCGCGAUAUACCGCGCCGGUAGCUAGAUAAUUUAGAUCAGCAACGCUAUUAUUCUUGAUACCAGUCACGAAAGUUCUGUCUCUAAGUCGCCUCUGCAUUUGAUCAAAAAUGACUCUUGAAUUUGAAAUUGCUCCAGGAAGGAUGAUCGGAAAGGAUCAUCCAUGUUUCAUCAUUGCAGAAAUUGGACAAAAUCACCAGGGAGACAUCAAUAUCGCGAAACAACUCAUAAAAGUUGCAAAGGAUGCGGGUGCUGACUGCGCCAAGUUCCAGAAGAGUGAGCUGGAUUUCAAAUUCAACCGUGCUGCCCUUGAGAAGCCUUACACAUCAAAGCAUUCCUUUGGCAAGUCCUAUGGAGAGCACAAGAGGUUCUUAGAGUUUAGCCAUGAGCAAUUCAGAGAGCUACAGGCUUAUGCUAAAGAGAUCGGCAUCUACUUCACAGCAUCUGGUAUGGACGAGAAAGCUGUGGAAUUUCUAGAUUCUAUCAAUGUGCCUUUCUUCAAAGUUGGAUCUGGCGAUACUAAUAAUUUGCCUUACAUCGAGAAGGUUGCUAAGAUGAACAGACCUAUGGUGGUAUCAUCUGGGAUGCAAUCAAUGGAGACAAUGACUAGGGUCUACGAGACAUGUAAAAAGUACAACGACAAGUUCUGUAUACUCCAGUGUACUAGUGCCUAUCCUCUACAUCCAGAAGACGUUCACCUUAGGAUUAUACAGGUGUUCCAAGAGGUUUUUCCUGAUAUACCAAUUGGUUACUCCGGUCAUGAAGGAGGUCUUUCUAUAACCCUGGCAGCCGUAGCCUUGGGGGCAAAGGUCGUAGAGCGACAUAUCACCAUGGACAAGUCAUGGAAAGGCAAUGAUCAUGAAGCAUCUCUCAAUCCUCAGGAAUUAGCAGAGCUUGUGAGAGAGAUCCGUAUUGUAGAGAGGUCACUGGGGUCAAGGGUCAAAGAGAUGAGAGAAUGUGAGCUACCAACCUUCAACAAGCUUGGGAAGAGCGUCGUGGCUGCCAAAGACAUUCCCGCAGGUACGGUCAUCACCAAGGAAAUGCUGACCGUCAAAGUAGCCGUGCCCAAAGGCAUUCUUCCAGAAACCAUCUAUAACCUGAUAGGAAAACGUACCGCCAAAGCCCUCAGCUAUGACGACUCUGUAGAACAGGAUGCUAUAGUGUGGGACUAGGCGUUGCUCCAUCAUUCAAUCAUGUUCUUGUACUUAUUUUAGGUGCCAUUUUUCAGGUGUUAUUCCCACCUAUUCUCAGUGAAAAUUUAGGCUCUUAGGCUCUUUUCUAGAAAAAAUUGGUGCUCAAUGGGUUCAUGAUUCUUUUCAUACUUGUUGGGUAAAAGCAAUUGGCAUCUAUGGUUUUGUUACAGCUCAUAGCCUUGCAUCGUAAAUGACGAUAUCAAGUAAACAAUGCUAGAUGUGAAUGACAUUUGCUUUUAGCCAAUCAAAUGCCAGUAUUCAGUAGCUUGUAACUUCUUUUUCAGGAUAUGAAAACAGGGCCUUGAUAUUAUCUCAUCGUAAUCUACAUAUUUUCUGUGCCAUAUAUUAUUGAAUUAUGAUCACCUUUCAAUUAAAUGCUGCAUAUCCUGUUAGUAAAGACAAUGAUUUACAUAUACGUGCAUACUCUCAGACUGAUGUUCCUAUGGAGCGUAUCUUGUGCUUAACCCAUUAUAUUAAUGGAGCCAAAUCGUCCCUGUACAAAGCAUAUAGGAAUUGCAGGGAUCGGUGGUCAAUAGCGUAUAGGGAAGCCUUGUGGGGAUAUGUUUCGUUUUGGUCUAACACCAGAUAGGUGUUUAUACAACACCAAUUAGUAUUAAAACAGCAUCGGUUUGAUUGCAAACUGGUGUUGUUUCAAUACUUCUCUGGUGUGGACAUAUAUAGAUUCCGGGCUGGUGUUAAAUCAACACCGGAGUUUUUGCAGUGUACCUGGUCAAAAGUCUGAAACAUAUAUUUUUAGCAGCAAUCCACUAUAUGGCACUGUGUGUUUAUUCAUAGGAUGUGUAUUUUUAAUCCCAUGUGGACAUAUUUUGUUAAUGUUGGGUAUUUGAGCUCAAUGUCCAAGAACAAAUUGUGUCUUUCCAGUCUACAUGUUAGACCCACAGAUUUGGUGUACAAGUGAAAGUGGUCAAUACUGUGCUCAAAUUUAUGAAAUUAUAAAUAUAUGUAAUUUUCAUACUAAAACACAUCACAAAUAAAACACCAGUGCUGCCAAGUAGUACUGGUUUUCAGUAAUUAUUAACUGAAAAGUGAGAAAGAAUACUGGUUUCAUGCAAAAUACUGAUUUCUUAAGUUUCAGUUACGUGUUGUCCUAUGGUAUUUCUGUGAACAUACUGAUUUUCUUACCAAAAUACUGAAAUGUUCUUGAUCUGGUUGGCAUCUCUGAAACAUAUCAAGAUUCAAUCAUUGUUACACAGUGGAGGAGUUAUUGAAAGCCGGAGACUUGGCGACAAUGACUCCUUUGGUAUAGAAUACCUAAGGAAUCAGACAUGAUUGUCUGUGUUCAAAUAUCAAUAUACAUGUAUAUCUGUUCUAGGUUGAUUAAAGCCAAAUAAUUAUGAUCAGUAUUGUGUACAUAAAGGCUACUGUAUGGCAGCAUUUGGGGCAUAGGAAUGGAGUAGAUCUUUAUCAAAUAAACCAGUACUUUGGUUGUAAACCUUGACUGCCAAUGUCUAAUGCAUCAUUCUCGUUAAAUCAACUAGAAACUUAUUCAUAGCACUGAAAUAGAAGCAUAAAAUCAGAUGAAUUGGCAUACCUGUUUUGUUUUUUGUUUUUUAGAAAUUUUCAAUCCAAUAACCAUAAGCUAUUGAAAAAGUAAAUUCAUAUCAAAUAUCAGUCAUUUUAUUUCAUUUAUUUAUUUUUUUAUUGUCCUGUAACAUUUGUACUGUUCAAAAAUAAAUCUUAGAGAAAAAAAAAAUAAUUUCCAGUUUGAAGAGAAGUUAUAUGUUUCUGGCUAGCUUAAAAAAAAAUAUUGCAUGGGAGUCUGGAAUUGAACUUAACUUCUAUAAACAUAUUAGUCUAACUUUUUAUGUAUUUAUUAGCUGAAGUCUGUUACUUUUCUUUUGCAAUAGCAUGUACCCUCUAAUGUCAAUUAGUGGCAUAUCCAGAUCUAUGUUUGUUUAAAAAACAAUCUUUUUUAAGUUUCUCCUGUUUUUAAGAUCUUUGCUUUCAUAGAGUAGUUAUUAGGAGCCUUAUUCAUAAUUUUGAAUCAGUAAAAUACAUUUACACCAAUGAAUGAAUAAAAGAAGUUAAUAUGAGACCCAUUUUUUUUAUAGUACAAUUUAACCUGUAACCUACUGGAAUCGUAACUACAGUCUAGAUUUCAGGUGUCGGCAGGUUGAUGUAAUGAUAUCGACGUGACAUUUACCAGUUAUUAGGUCUACGUAAAAUUUGUGGAAUGUUGGAUAUUGCCCAAUACUAAGUUGCCCAAAUCAUUAUAUAAAGAAUAUUUAUUGCACUAUGCUAUCCUAGGGUAUUAUUUGAUUCAAAUAUUUUGCAAACAAAUGCCCAUAUUCUGAAAUCUGAUUAAGCUUAGGCCAUGGUCUUACUCUGCUCAAAUUAUGGGAAGCCAAGAUGUCAACAUUUUGUGAACAUUGUAUGUUUCUUAUGGUUACCAUGCCCUUUUAUUAUGAUAUGAUGGCGGAGAAAACUGAUUCAGUUAUUAUUCCCAGACAUUUAUAAAUGACAUGGUUAACAGAGGAGAUGAUAAAUCAAACCUGUAUUGUUCAAAAGAUUUCUGUCCCAGUUGGCUUACCAUAGUUAAACCACAACUUAAAGGGGAAGUUCACCCUGAAGAAAACUUUGUCGUAAAAAUAGCAGAAAAAAUAUUUAAAAAUAUUGGUGAAGGUUUGAGGAAAUUCCGUUAAAGAGUAAGAAAGUUAUUAGAAUUCAAAGUUUUGGAUUUGUGACGUCAUAAACGAGCAGCUGCCCCAUGUGUUAUGUAAUAUAAAAUGCAUGAAUUUCAAAUUUUGUAUGGUUCCUGAUGACUUAAUUUUGUUUUCUAUUCAUGAUCGGGUGUGAAAUGAUUUGUCUAUUGAUAUACAAAAGGUACAGUGAAAACCAUUUUCAAUUUUCUGAGAAAGUGACAUUUCAUUGAUUUUUUACCAUUCGCUAUGUAGGAAUGCUGCUCGCAUAUGACGUCACAAAUCAAAUAAUUGAAAUUCUAAUAACUUUUUAAUUAUUUGAUGAAUUUUUCUCAAACCUUGGGCAAUAUUUUUUAUUAUUUUUUCUGCUAUUUUUACAAUAAACUUUUUGUCAGGGUGAACUUCCCCUUUAAGACCAGAGUUUGAAUGAAACCAGAGUUCAGAGUAUGAGUCAAUGUGUGUAAUAAUACCUGACAAUCAUUGGACAUUCCUGAUGACUAUUGAUAGAGAUAGAUAUAUGAUAUCUCAUUUUGAUUUUUCCAAAAAAUUAAUUUGAUGAUUUUUUUAAAUAUGUAAUCAGUUUGUGUUUAAACAUGAUUAUUCGUCCACGAUGAUUUAAUAAAUUUCUAAUUUAAAUCUAAA